CUUCUCUAUGCGGGCGCUCUGCAAUCCGCUAUUAUUUUCAGGAACGUGAAGCCAAAAAAAAUAGUCUCUUUCUUCCUUUGGUUGCCUACUGCUUAAUGUACAAAAUACAAGGGUGGUAAUUGCAUUAAAAUUUGUAUAAUUAUACUGGAGGGGAAAAAGAAAAAAACAAUCCUGAACCGACAACCUUGUUAAUUGCACGGGCGUUGGGGACCGAUACAUGCGGGGUGAUUCAUGCUUAGGGCUGGCAGGAGUGGGGCUGCGGCAUGUGAGGGGUUAGGAGGAGCCGUGCUGUUGUGCGAGCAGGAAGUCGGCUGCAUCCCCGCUCUGAACCGGCUCCAGCCUUUCUCCAUCCCCGGCGUUUUUUCUCCCGGUUGUGUCCGGGGCCUGAUCCUCUGCGAUAUGGGGCCUCUGGCCGCCGUCCAGGCGAAUCUCGAAGCGUUGGUGUAAUCGUAGAAGCUCUGAGAGUCCCUUUGCUUUAUGUGCUUGGUUAAGCAACUGCCUGUGUGUCAAAAUAUUCAAGCCCUUGCAGAAGUAAAUCCCUUGCGAGAGGAGAGGCAGAUCCCGGUGCUUGGGGAAGGAGCUGGCUGGCUCUGUGCGGGCACCACGGCGCUGGGUGCUGCUGGGGCUGCAGGAAGGAUUCCACAGUGCCAUGCGAAAAGCACGUUUCCUCCAGCGAGUGCCGACCCUGUCGGAGCUGCCGAUAACAUCUAAGGGUUGACCAGACCGGCAGUGCCCAUGAUGCCCUGAAUGCUGAGCACAGCAGAAGCGGAGGAGACUGUGUCCCACUAGCUCCUCAUCUUUCCCUCCUCACCCCUUUAGUUUGGAUUUGUUUCUAUUUAUUUUGUGGCUGGGUUUGGGCAUGGCCUUAGCCGGAUGUGACGCUGCCGCGAUGCGGCUCCUUUGGCUCAAGCACCACUUGUCCGUCAACAUUUGGACCCUGCUGCUCUUGGGGAGCACCUGGCUACCGCUGGCGGAAGGCAGCCCCAAGUCUCCCUUUAGGACUUUCUCUGUUACAGACUGGAGCUUGACACACCUGGUGGUCCAUAACAAAACUGGGGAGGUCUACGUGGGGGCCGUCAAUCGGAUCUACAAGCUCUCCAAUAACCUCACACUCCUGAGGACACAUGUGACGGGGCCCGUGGAGGACAAUGAGAAGUGUUACCCUCCGCCCAGUGUCCAGUCCUGUCCGCACGGUCUGGUCACCACCAACAACGUGAACAAACUGCUGCUGGUGGACUACUCGGGGAACCGACUGAUCGCCUGCGGCAGUGCCUCGCAGGGUAUCUGCCAGUUCCUGCGGCUGGAUGACCUCUUCAAGUUGGGUGAGCCCCAUCACCGCAAGGAGCACUACCUCUCCAGCGUCAAUGAGUCGGGGACCAUGUCUGGGGUCAUCAUUGAGGUGCUGAACGGGCAGAACAAGCUCUUCAUCGGGACGCCCAUUGAUGGCAAGUCGGAGUACUUCCCCACGCUCUCCAGCCGCAAGCUGAUGGCCAAUGAGGAGAAUGCAGAGAUGUUUGGCUUUGUCUACCAGGAUGAGUUUGUCUCGUCUCAGCUUAAGAUCCCCUCGGACACCCUCUCCAAGUUCCCCACCUUUGACAUCUACUACAUCUACAGCUUCAGCAGCGAGCAGUUUGUGUACUACCUGACCUUGCAGCUGGACACCCAGCUCACCUCGCCCGACUCCACCGGGGAGCAGUUUUUCACCUCCAAGAUCGUCCGCCUCUGCGUGGACGAUCCCAAGUUCUACUCCUACGUGGAGUUCCCCAUCGGCUGCGUGCAGGAUGGCAUUGAAUACCGCCUGAUCCAGGACGCUUACCUGACCAAGCCCGGCAAGGCUUUGGCCAAGUACCUGGGCAUCUCGGAGCGGGAGGAUAUCCUCUUCACCAUCUUCUCCCAGGGCCAGAAAAACAGGGUUAAGCCUCCCAAGGAGUCUGUGCUCUGCCUCUUCACGUUGAAGAAGAUCAAGGAUAAGAUCAAGGAACGUAUUCAGUCGUGCUACAGAGGGGAAGGGAAACUCUCGCUGCCCUGGCUCUUGAAUAAGGAGCUGGGCUGCAUCAACUCGCCGCUGCAGAUCGAUGACAACUUCUGUGGCCAGGAUUUUAACCAGCCGCUUGGUGGAACCGUCACGAUCGAGGGGACCCCCCUUUUUGUGGAUAAAGAGGAUGGGAUGACCUCGGUGGCUGCCUACGACUACAGAGGGCAAACCGUCGUGUUUGCGGGCACACGGAGUGGGAAGAUCAAAAAGAUCCUGGUGGACUUGCCGGCCGACCGGAAGCACCAAGCGCUGCAGUAUGAGAAUGUGGUGGCCCAUGAAGGCAGCUCCAUCCUGCGGGACCUGGUGUUGAGCCCUGACCGCCAGCACCUCUACGCCAUGACUGAGAAGCAGGUGACGCGCGUGCCAGUAGAGAGCUGUGAGCAAUACGAGAGCUGUGAGCUGUGCCUGGGCUCCCGGGACCCCCACUGCGGUUGGUGCGUCCUCCACAACGUAUGCUCGCGCAAGGACCGCUGCGAACGGGCGGAUGAGCCGCAGCGUUUUGCCUCCGAGCUGCGGCAGUGCGUGCAGCUCACCGUCCAGCCCAGGAACAUCUCCGUCACCAUGUCCGAGGUCCCGCUGGUCCUGCAGGCCUGGAACGUCCCUGACCUCUCGGCGGGAGUCAACUGCUCCUUCGAAGACUUCACCGAGUCCGAGAGCCGCAUUGAAGAUGGGAAGAUCUACUGCAGCUCUCCCUCUGCCAAGGACGUUAUCCCCAUCACCAGGGGCCGCGGGGAUAAGCGAGUGGUGAAACUCUACCUGAAAUCCAAGGAGACAGGGAAGAAGUUCGCCUCUGUGGAUUUUGUGUUCUAUAACUGCAGUGUCCAUCAAUCCUGCCUGUCCUGCGUGAACGGCUCCUUCCCCUGCCACUGGUGCAAGUACCGCCACAUCUGCACCCACAACGCCGCAGACUGCUCCUUCCUGGAGGGACGCGUCAAGCUCUCCGAGGACUGCCCACAGAUCCUGCCUUCCACCCAGAUCUACAUCCCGGUGGGUGUGGUGAAGCCCAUCACCCUGACAGCCAAGAACCUGCCACAGCCACAGUCCGGCCAGCGCAACUAUGAGUGCAUCUUCCACAUCCCUGGCAGCACCACCCGCGUCACCGCCCUGCGCUUCAACAGCACCAGCAUCCAGUGCCAGAACACCUCGUACUUCUACGAAGGGAACGACAUCAGUGAUCUGCCAGUCAACUUAUCCGUGGUCUGGAACGGGAACUUUGUCAUCGACAACCCCCAGAACAUCCAGGCCCACCUGUACAAGUGCUCGGCCCUGCGGGAGAGCUGCGGGCUGUGCCUGAAGGCCGACCCACGCUUCGAGUGUGGCUGGUGUGUGUCGGAGAAGCGCUGCACGCUGCGGCAGCACUGCCUGGCCUAUGAGAGCAGCUGGAUGCACGCCAGCAGUGGGAACAGCCGCUGCACCGACCCCAAGAUCACCAAGCUGUCACCUGAGACCGGCCCCAGGCAAGGAGGGACCCGUCUGACCAUCACUGGAGAGAACCUGGGCCUCAAGUUUGAAGAUGUGCGCUGGGGAGUGCGAGUGGGCAAAGUGAUGUGCAUCCCCAUCGAGAGCGAGUACAUCAGCGCCGAGCAGAUCGUGUGUGAAAUCGGAGAUGCCAGCCCGAGCAAGGUCCACGAUGCACGGGUUGAAGUGUGCAUCCGGGACUGCUCCCCCAACUACCGGGCCACCUCGCCCAAGAGCUUCACCUUUGUGACACCCACUUUCUCCCGAGUGACCCCUGCCCGCGGCCCUCUCUCCGGCGGCACCUGGAUCGCCAUCGAAGGGAGCCACCUGAACGCCGGCAGCAACGUCACCGUCACCAUUGGGGGACGGCCCUGUGCCUUUUCAGGGAGAAGUGCCCGUGAGAUCCGCUGCAGGACCCCCCCUGGCCACGCUCCUGGCGGGUCCCCCAUCCUCAUCAACAUCAAUCGGGCAGAGCUGAGCAACCCAGAGGUGAAGUACAACUACACAGAAGACCCCACCAUCCAAAAGAUUGACCCCGAGUGGAGCAUCAACAGCGGUGGGACGCUGCUGACUGUGACUGGCACAAACCUGGCCACCAUCAAAGAGCCCAAGAUCCGAGCCAAGUACUGCAGCUCUGAAAGGGAGAAUAACUGCACCGUGUACAACGACACCACCAUGGUGUGCUACGCGCCCUCCAUCGACAACCCUGAGCGGAGCCCUCCCGAGGUCGGUGACCGGCCCGACGAGAUCGGGUUCAUCAUGGAUAACGUCCAGGCCCUGCUGAUCAUCAACACCACCAACUUUGUGUACUACCCGGAUCCCGUCUUUGAGCCGCUCAGCCCCACGGGGAUGCUGGAGCUGAAGCCCAGCUCUCCCCUCAUCCUCAAGGGCAGGAACCUACUCCCUCCAGCUGCGGGGAACUCCCGCCUGAACUACACGGUGCUGAUCGGGGACACUCCCUGCACCCUGACCGUGUCUGAGACCCAGCUGCUCUGUGAGUCCCCUAACCUCACCGGCCAGCACAAAGUCACGAUUAAGGCUGGAGGGUUCGAGUUCUCCCCGGGCACGCUGCAGAUCUACUCGGACAGCCUGCUCACCCUGCCUGCCAUCAUUGGCAUCGGCGGCGGUGGCGGCUUGCUGCUGCUCAUCAUCAUCAUCGUCCUCAUUGCCUACAAGCGCAAGUCCCGUGAUGCUGACCGCACCCUGAAACGCCUCCAGCUGCAGAUGGACAACCUCGAGUCCCGGGUGGCCCUGGAGUGCAAAGAGGCCUUUGCUGAGCUGCAGACGGACAUUAACGAACUGACUAAUGACCUGGAUGGGGCCGGCAUCCCUUUCCUGGAUUACCGCACUUACGCCAUGCGGGUUCUGUUCCCUGGGAUAGAAGACCACCCGGUGCUGAAGGAGAUGGAGGUCCAGGCGAACGUGGAGAAGUCCCUGACCCUCUUUGGGCAGCUCCUGAACAAGAAGCACUUCCUGCUGACCUUCAUCCGCACGCUGGAGGCUCAGCGGAGCUUUUCCAUGCGGGACCGUGGCAAUGUGGCCUCGCUCAUCAUGACAGCGCUGCAGGGUGAGAUGGAGUAUGCCACAGGUGUUCUGAAGCAGCUCCUCUCCGACCUCAUCGAGAAGAACCUGGAGAGUAAGAACCAUCCCAAGCUGCUCCUGCGGAGAACGGAGUCAGUGGCAGAGAAGAUGCUGACAAAUUGGUUCACGUUUCUGCUGUACAAGUUUCUGAAGGAGUGUGCUGGGGAGCCACUCUUCAUGCUCUACUGUGCCAUCAAGCAGCAGAUGGAGAAGGGACCCAUUGAUGCCAUCACAGGAGAGGCUCGCUACUCCCUCAGUGAAGACAAGCUUAUCCGGCAGCAAAUCGACUACAAAAUGCUGACCCUCAACUGUGUGAACCCUGAAAAUGAGAAUGCGCCAGAGAUUCCUGUCAAGGUGCUGAACUGUGACACCAUCACGCAGGUGAAAGAGAAGCUGCUGGAUGCUGUCUACAAGGGAGUGCCCUAUUCCCAGCGUCCCAAAGCUGGAGACAUGGACUUAGACCUUGCUCCUCUGCUCUGCUUGGCUUUGUCCUCCAAGCUGCCUGCUAACCAUGAGCCCUUCUCCCUCACUGGGACAGAGUGGCGGCAGGGCAGGAUGGCCCGGAUCAUACUGCAGGAUGAAGAUGUCACCACAAAGAUUGACAAUGACUGGAAGAGGCUAAACACCCUGGCCCACUACCAGGUGACAGAUGGCUCCUCAGUAGCCCUGGUGCCCAAGCAGAACUCAGCGUACAACAUCUCCAACUCCUCAACAUUCACCAAGUCCCUCAGCAGAUAUGAGAGCAUGCUGCGAACAGCCAGCAGCCCUGACAGCCUGCGCUCACGCACCCCAAUGAUCACCCCAGACCUGGAGAGUGGCACCAAGCUCUGGCACUUGGUGAAAAACCACGACCACAUGGAUCAGCGGGAGGGCGACCGGGGCAGCAAGAUGGUCUCUGAGAUCUACCUGACCCGCCUGCUAGCCACCAAGGGCACCCUACAGAAAUUUGUGGACGACCUGUUUGAGACUAUCUUCAGCACAGCACAUCGUGGGAGCGCGCUGCCCCUCGCCAUCAAAUACAUGUUUGAUUUCCUGGAUGAGCAAGCUGAUAAGCACCAGAUCAAUGAUUAUGAUGUCAGGCACACCUGGAAGAGUAACUGUCUACCUCUACGUUUUUGGGUGAAUGUGAUUAAGAACCCCCAGUUUGUGUUUGACAUUCACAAGAACAGUAUUACUGAUGCCUGCCUAUCUGUGGUGGCUCAGACAUUCAUGGACUCCUGCUCAACUUCUGAGCACAAAUUAGGAAAAGACUCUCCCUCCAACAAACUACUGUAUGCCAAGGACAUCCCCAACUACAAGAGCUGGGUAGAAAGAUAUUAUGCAGAUAUUGCUAAAAUGCCAGCAAUCAGUGACCAGGACAUGAGCGCCUACCUGGCAGAGCAGUCCCGGUUACACCUCAGCCAGUUCAACAGCAUGAGUGCACUGCACGAGAUCUACUCCUACAUCACCAAGUACAAGGACGAGAUUUUAGCCGCGUUAGAGAAGGAUGAGCAGGCCAGGAGGCAGAGGCUGAGGAGUAAGCUGGAGCAGGCAAUUGACACAAUGGCCUUAAGCAGCUGAAGAGGCGGCGGCACGGUGCCAGCUUCCCGAGCAGCGACGCGGCGGGAGGAGGCGAGCAGGACACUUCGGGGCUGGGGCUGGACGCGCCCGCAGGCGCCUCCGCACACUUCCCACAAACGAACAAGGAAAACCUCGCGUGCGAGCGGAAAACAAAAUCCCGACGACGGCAGCAACAAGGAUAAACCCCUCUACGCACACCCCGAUGCAACCGGGACACGGCAGAGACCUUGCAAAGGGGCGAUGCGGGGCGGAGGAGGAGGGAGCCGCUUGCCCCGUGGACCCGCUGGGACCCCCGGCCCAGGCAGAGCCCCUGAGCCCACGGGGAAGGAGGGUCCGGACCGUGGGGCUUUUUAGGACGGCAUUUGGAUGUUGUUGUUACUUUGGUGGAGGGAGGGGGGUGGGCUCCUGUUUGUACUGUACUUGACUUGCUCUCCCCUCCUUGCCCCCGGCUGUCUGCCCCCUCUCCUCCUCCCUCUGUUUCUUUUUCUGUCUCUUCCCCCCUUCUCUCUCUCUCUGGCCUUCUGCCACUAGUGUUAACUGCUAUAUUUGCACAAUUUACACGAGACAAAAUUUUUAAUUUAAAGAAAGAAAAAAUAAAAAGUAUAACGAAAAAUGGGAGGGGAAAAAAAAAAGAGGAUUCUAAAUUUUGCAACUAACUAACGAAAAACGGUUUUAAAAAAUAAGCUAAAGGACUGAUGCUGGGGAGAUUUGGUGGUGGGGGCAGCAGGGGUGGGCAGGAAAGGGAGAAAUCCCUGAGCUUUGAUAUUUCUUAAAAUACGUCCUGUGCCAUGUUUUAUUUGAAUGUUGUUUAGUGCAAAAAAAAAAAAAAAAAAAAGAAAAAAAAAGGAAAAAAAAAUCAAAACAACAAAAAAAGUGGGAGUUUUGUUAGAUGAGUAGAUGCUCUUAUUUAAAUGCUGCUUGAGUGGUUCUGGAGGCUGUGAGCUGGCUGAGGGAGGUCAGAGAGGAGGGUCGGUGUUCCUUUCCCUGGGGGAUGGCUGGGGGAUGUGUUUAGGGCUCAUCCUCGCUGGGUGGAGGAUGGCGCAUGGCAGGGGAGCUGGAGAGCCAGCCUGGUACUUUGGCUUUUACCCAUUGCCUUCCUACUGGCCACCCGCAGUUGGUUUCAGGUUCGGCUCCUUGGAUGGAGAAGGCAGGGACAGGACUGACAUUAUGACUGCAUGGUUAAAAACUUUUCCUUUUGCUGUUUUAUUUUUUUUAAGGGGGUGGGGGAGUUGUAGGAUUCCUGCCAUUUUUUUUGUGCUGACACAGGGAUCCCAGGGUUGGAUCAUUACCUUUUCCCCCUUGCUUCUUGCAAUGCUUGUGGCUGGAGCUGGGCACCAGCCCAUGGAGGGACCGAACUGGGACUGUCCUCUGCUCCCCUGCCCCGGGCAGCCCAGGCUUGUGCAGGGAUUCCCACUCCACAUCUUCCUUCCUCUCUCUCUCUUUUCCUUCUUUCUCCCCCUUUCUCUCCUUGCUGUCACCCCAUCUCCCCUCCACUCCAUCCACCCUUCCCAUGGGUUGUGCCCGCUGGCAUUUCACGGGGAGACUCCCUUCCAAACGUCAGAUCUGCACGGUUUUCUACUUUCCUGAAAAAAAAAAAAAAAAAAGGCGCCGAAUGCUGCCCAGAGUUGGAGCAGGUGCCCAAACCUUUCCUAAAACCGAGCAAAAACAUUUCCUUUUCUGUCCCAAGAGCUCCUGCUGCUCCCUGGGCUUAGCGGAGGGGAUCGUGCUCUGCCAGAAGUGGUGGCAGCAGAAGUCCAAGUGGGCAGGAGCCCUCUGGUUUCUGCCCAUUCCCAUAAACUGCAAGUUAGGGGGGGGGGAGAGGGAGAAAUAAUGAAGUUUUUAAUUAAAAAAAAAAAUAAAAGUGUGUAUAUAUAUAUAUGUGGUUACAAUCUAAUUCUCGUGCCCCAGUGGGGUGCUGUAUAGUUAACUGAAGGAGAAUCAAACCGAUAUAAAUAUGAAAUAAAUUUACACAGCCAGUUUAAAAAAAAAAAAAGAGGAUACCAAAUGGUCUGGAAGAAAUUUCCAAGCAUUUCUCACCAUGCAGAACAAUCGUUUCAAGCCUGCACAUCUCUCAUUAUGUUGUGAUUUUCUUUGGUUUGGUUUUGUUUUAAUAAGGAGGGGAAGGAGAAGAUGCUGAUUGAAAAAAAGAGAAUGACAACAAAAAAACCCAACCACCACAACAGAAGUGUUUUAAAAAGAAGUAAUAAUUGUUUCCCAAACCUGGGAACCCCAAGCUGAUAUCUGAGAGCUGUGGGCUGUUGCAUGACUGUGCUAGAUUUUAGUCUGAGUUGAUCUUUUUAAGAAACAGGAAAAAAAAAAAAA